UGUGUGUGUGUGUGUGUGUGUGUGUGUGUGUGUCAGUGUACCUUUCUCGCACAGACAGAGAGGUCAGUUUCACUGCGGCUGCUACGGAUAAACUCGUGUGUAAACCGAGGAUUUACGGAGUGUGCGAGUGAGCACACACACACGCUCCCGGUGUGUGUGUGUGUCUGUGUGUGUGUGUGUGUGUGUGUGUGUGUGUGUGUGUGUGUGUGUGUGUGGAUUAGUUAGACCGAGAGUGAGACCGCACUGGAAUACUAAGUGGAAAUGCGAAGAGGAGAAACUUUUAAAACUACACACACACCACCAUGCCAACAGAAGAGUUCCUGUUCUCCCCUGAUGUCUUACCCCCACUGCCGGAGGUCCCCGUUCUCGAAGGGGCGGUGCUAAGCCGAGGGGCCUUCCGAAACCCCGCCCUCAGUCACUGCUCCUCCCACAGCAUGGAUUCCGCCCAGUGCAACGACCGGCCUGUCAGCUACACCUCCACCUCCUCCUCCGCCUCCUCGUCACGGGACAGCCACUGCUCAGCCGUGUUAGGCUCCGCCCCUGAGCGGGACCGAGAUUCUGGGGCGAUCCGACUGGAGCUCGUCCCCGCCCGUCAGCUGGAGGAGGCGGAGCCACCUGCGCCGACCAGUCAGGAUGAGGAGCGUAAAGUGGCCUACGUGGAUCAUGUGGUGCAGGAAAUUCUGGAGACGGAGAGGACAUACGUCCAGGACCUGCAGAGCAUCGUUCAGGAUUAUUUGGAGUGUAUCAGUAAUCAGGCUCGUCCCAUGUUGGGGUUGGAGGACAGGAAUUCACUGUUUGGAAACAUCCGGGAAAUUUACUGUUUUAAUAGGGAUCUCCUGCAUGAUUUGGAAAAGUGCAAUGCAGACCCGGUGGCCAUCGCUCAGUGUUUUGUAGCGAAGAGUGAAGAAUUUCAUAUUUAUACACAGUACUGCACUAAUUAUCCAAGGUCUGUAGCCGUCCUCAGCGACUGUAUGAGGAAUAAAGCGGUGGCGAAGUUUCUGCGCGAGCGUCAGGAGUGUGCGAAACACUCGCUGCCUCUCGGCUCGUUCCUGCUCAAACCUGUACAGAGGAUCCUCAAGUACCACCUGCUGCUGCAUGAGAUCGCCACGCACCUGGAGAAGGACUCGGAGAGACAUGCCGUGGUUCAGGAGGCGAUCGACACCAUGCAGAGAGUCGCCUGGCACAUCAACGACAUGAAGAGGAAGCACGAGAACACCGUCCGACUGCAGGAGAUCCAGAGUUUGUUGACGAACUGGCAGGGUCCUGAUCUGAUCGGUUACGGUGAGCUGGUUUUGGAGGGAACGUUCCGGGUCCAGAGAGUGAAGAACGAGAGAACGUUCUUCCUCUUUGACAAACUCCUCCUCAUCACCAAGAAACGAGAAGAGACCUACGCCUACAAGGCACACAUACUGUGCUGUAAUCUGAUGCUGGUCGAGGUCAUUCCUAAGGAGCCGCUGAGCUUCAGUGUGUUCCACUAUAAAAACCCCAAACUGCAGCACACAGUGCAGGCCAAGUCCCAGCAGGACAAGCGAACGUGGAUCCAGCACCUGAAGAGGCUCAUUCUCGAGAACCAUCCGGCAAAAAUCCCAGCCAAGGCCAAGCAGGCCAUUCUGGACAUGGAUGUGCACCAGUGUAGCCCUGAGGGCCAGAACAGAAUCAACCUUAAAGAAGGUCCUUCCCCCAGAAGAGCACGCAGGAAGACAGAACCCUUGUCCAAACUGCUCAAAAACAAACAUGCAAUAUCCAGUCCAGAUAUUCAGAAGAGAAGCAGUUUUGGCGCAACCCUUCUGUCUCCUGUAGUCCACUUGGGCACCAUUGGUCGAUCCCGCAGUCUUGUUAGCCAAUCACAGGAGUCACUGGACCCUGGUGACCAUGGCGACCACAGUGACAUAGAUGAGGGGUUACAUCCACAGGAUGCUGAUGAUGAAGAUGACAGUGGAUUGAGCUCUGGAGGUAAGCUACGUGUACCUGGAAAGAAUAGCAGGAAAAGGCUGAACGCCCAGGUGUCGGUGGACAGCAUCGACCAUUGGAAGAACCACAGCCUUGACCAUAUUGAUCUACAGACGGCCAAAGAGUCUCUGCAGAAAGAGACAGUGCACACACCCAUUUUACGGGUGACCUGUCCUCCUGAAACACGGGCUGAUGAUCACUUUUCCCAGUUGCUGGGCACAAGCAGUGGACGUUCUGUUCCAAACAUAUGGGCAGACCACAGAGUGCGUCGAGCCAUGUUCCCUACUCGUCAAAAGACUGUCCAAAUCGAUGACGAUGAAGACAUUUAUCAGAUGUUUGUGCCCACUGAGAACGAUACAAGUGGGCACGAUGCAGAAAGCGAUCAUGACACAAUUGACGAUCGUCCUGGACGACCGUGCAGCUGGCAUGUGGAACAGACACAGUCGGUGCAGUUAGACCUCCCGGCCAACAGGGGUAAAGUGUUACGCAGGGCAAGUAGUGUUGGAGAGCAACAAAGUGAGCGACAAAGUCCUACAAAGAGAGCUGUCCUGAAAGAGGAAGUACACGAUAAUACAGAGUCAUCGAGUAACGAGAUAUCCGGAUCUUCCUCAGCGGAACAGCUAACGAUUGACGAUAUUGAGAAUGUUUACGAUAAUAUUAGCUAUGAAGAACUGCAGGCCAUGGGACUGAUUCGGAAGGAUCCGGAGGUUAACCCGUCCUCUUCAGAGAUGAAACCAGUUGUACCUCCACAAAUCUUAGUUUCUCCAGUUGAAAUGGAGAGCUCAUCUGAAAGCAACAGGUCCUCAGGCCAGGAGGGGGCACCAUUUGAAUCUUCCUAUGUGCAGACACCAGAGGAAGAGGAAAAUGUCUAUGAUACCAUUGUGUUCCGUGAAUUGCCACCUCCUGUCACUGAGGCAGGAAGAGGAACUGAACAAGCAGCCAAACAGGAUAAUGCGCAAUCACCCAAGACGGACGUGACAGUUAUCCAGAACAUAGGAACCGUUGUUUUUGAUGAAAGACCAAAUCUGGAUUACAGCAAAGUAGCAAAUCGACCCCUUCCUGAGAUUCCCACUGUUUCAGUUACAGAUAUGGACAUACCAUUAACUUUGGAUAAACCUUCCAAGCAGUCUGUAGCUGAUCACAUGUCGGAGCAAGUUGACGAGAUAUGGAAUGAUCUGGAAAACUACAUCCGGAAUAAUGAGAAGAAAGCAGACAAGCUUCCUGCUGCAUUUCCUGUCAAUAGACCAGAAUCACCACGUAAGAUGUGUGAUUCUCAAGGUAAAAUUGAAAGUUCUUCAGACAAAUUACACAGCUCUCCAACAAAGGCUGUCAAAUCUCAGCCAAAAUCACAAGACUCCCAAGACAAGACACGAAAAUCGCAUCAAUCUCCCAGCAAAAAAUGUAAUUCUGGACGCAAAACUAGUGACUCUCAUGUCAAAACAGAUGGUGCUAAGAAGGUGAAGAAAAGCGCAUCGUCACCCUGUUCUCCAGCCUUCCACCCUAUUCCAACUUUCAAAUUCCCAGUGCUCAGCGUUCCCAAACUUGUGCGAGAGCCUACGUUUGAGAUAGAUGAGCCUGAAUCCCCUCCAUCUACACCUCCUUCUACACCUUCUAUUCCCCAGGUCCCCACCACUGCUCCCCAGGUCCCCACCACUGCUGCCCAGGUCCCCACCACUGCUCCCCAGGUCCCCACCACUGCUCCCCAGGUCCCCACUACUGCUCCCCAGGUCCCUGCUGCCCAGGUCCCCACCACUGCUGCCCAGGUCUCCACCACUGCUGCCCAGGUCCCCACCACUGCUGCCCAGGUCCCCACCACUGCUCCCCAGGUCCCCACUACUGCUCCCCAGGUCCCCACCACUGCUCCCCAGGUCCCCACCACUGCUCCCCAGGUCUCCACCCCUGCUCCCCAGGUCUCCACCCCUGCUCCCCAGGUCUCCACCACUGCUCCCCAAGUCUCCAACCCUGCUUCCCAAGUCUCCACCUCAGUUCCACAAGUCCAAGUCUCCAGCCCUGUCAGCCAGGUCUCAAGCCCUUUCCCCCAAGUCUCGAGCCCUGUUCCACAAGUCCAAGUCUCAAGCCCUUUCCCCCAGGUCUCAAGCCCUGUCAGCCAAGUCUCAAGCCCUAUUCCCCAAGUCCAAGUCUCCAGCAAUGUCAGUCAAGUCUCAAGCCCUUCCCCCCAAGUCUCAAGCCCUUCCCCCCAAGUCUCAAGCCCUAUACCCCAAGUCCAAUUCUCCAGUCCUAUUCCCGAAAUCCAAGUCUCCAGCCCUGAACCCCCACCCGGCACAGUCAAGAGCAUCCGGAACAAACUAGCCAGGCUUAGCAGUGGAAGCUUCCGCAUGGAUGAUGAGGACCCUCCUACACAGAAAGACCCCGAGCUACAAGCACUAUUUAGUGGUCUGGACCCUUCAUUACUUCCUUUGGCAUCCUCUGGUCUUCUCCUGGGUGCAGAUGCUGGAGACCAGCUGCUGGAUCUAGGGGAGAAAGGUAGAAACAGAGUUUUCCUCAUGGCCAGACAGUACAGCCAGAAGAUCAAAAAGGCUAAUCAGCUGUUGAAGAUGAAGAGCAUGGACCACGAGCCCAGCUGCGCAAGACUCAGGACCAACAAGGCGAAAGAUUUAGCCGCCAUUCUGGAAGAGAAGAAGCAAGGCGGAGCAGCUAUAGGAGCAAGGAUAGCUGAGUAUUCCCAGUUAUAUGAGCAUGUGAUGUUUAAGGAGCCUCCUACUACUCCUCCAGUGCUGAAAUCUUCAGUCAGCGUGUCAGGACCUCACCCAUUUUCCUCACGCUCAGGCUUGGCUUCCUCCCCAUCCCUGCCUGAGAGUGCCUUCCCAGAGACUGACUGGUUGAACUGCACCUACAGCAAUGGCGAACUUGCUGGCUUUGUGUCCUGGCCUGAUGAAGUCGGAGGGCGCUCUUCGACCCCUCAGAGAAAGUUGUCCCCUGCAAUGUCCAUCCCUGCCUUUAAGAACCUUCCGCCACCUCCAAGCACUCCGUCCAAUCAGCGCUGGAGUGCCUGUGUGACUCCGGCCAGCAAAGACGACUCUGAACACAUUUACAGCACACUGGGGCAGCGUAGUUUUAAAACUCCGCCCUAUACCCGCUGUCAGUCCUCAUCCUCGUUGGCUGAGCAGCAAGAGAAAGAGAACGGCGGGAGUAUGGGUAAUCUGGGACACACCAGUCAUCCAGAGGGGGCUGCGAUUGCAGGACGUGGCCUCGGACCUCGGCAGCACAGCCUUCCUGAGUGUCCUGCCCAAACGACCUCGGACCUUUCCCAGUCAUGUGACCUCACACUAAGGGACUCUCAGCAAGUGCUGGUACUGAACAGACAGUCAAAUCUGAAUGCAAUCAGCGCCACACAGAACUACCUGGCCAAUUUCAAAGACAACGGCGACGAUGAUGAUGAUUACGUCGAAAUCCGCUCUGAGGACGAGAGCGAUGGCAUAGAAAAGGGCUGUACAGCGAGCCCAGAUUCAGCUCUGCACGGCUACAUCUGGAAUGACCCGAGUGACAGUCAGCAAGCGCUCAAUCAGCCCAAAAUUGUCCAGUCGCUGCGAGAGAAGUUCCAGUGUCUCGGUUCCAGCAGCUUUGCAUAAGGAACAGGCACGACUACCAAUGUGCACUCGAGUGCAAAAAUAAAGGCAAUUGAAAAUUACCACGUGGAAAAUGUUACACGAUGCAAAGCACAUUUAUGGAUUACAGGAUUACGACAACAAAAUGACGACUGUGCAGUUAGGUUAAAUGUUUCGCAUCACAGCUUCAAUGGAUCUAAGUCACUACACUAUAUGCACUAUCACAAAUCACUCAAAUAUGACACUUCGUAUUUUUCAUUCGUAUAAUGACUCGCAAUGCACUACACACUACUUGCCAUUUUGCCAUAGGUAUAGUUUCAAAUAAAAAUUUUACUAUUUAAAUUCCUUUUUUUUUUUAAACACGGUAUUGAUCUUGACUUGAACUCGCAUGAUUGGGCUGAGGACCGUCUCUCUGUCUGAAGGUCUCUCAGUCUGAGAGAGUGGAUUUUUAAGUGUUAAAGAUUUUCCAUCAGAUUUCAGCUUUGGGGUUUUAUGGCUCCCUUGUCACUUAAACUUAUUCCCUUAUUUUUUAAAUUCUGUAGGUGCUCCAACCUGUCCAUUGUCGACACUCCAGCAUUGCCUUUCUCAAGCCAUAACUUAGCAACCAUUUUGCUAACAAAUCCACUGCAAAACGUUUAAGGUAGCAUUUGAAGAAUUUUAACGCAUUGAUCCAAUUUAACGUGAAUGUAACCACUGAUGCUCAGACAAUAUAUUAGUGUCCGUUUGUAAGUGAUCAGGCUGCCUCUACAGUUGCUACAUAAUGAAAAUUAGGUUAAUAUCCACUGUUACUGGUUAUGUCUGCAUGACCGUUUGUUCUCCAAGGCCAAAAAUACAUUAAAAUCACACAUAUAUUUUACUAGGAAUCAAUAGGAAUCAAUAUAUAUUGUAUAUAAGUCAUAGAUAUAUUUUAGAUAGUUUGAAAAAGGAGGCCUAGCCAUGCUUGCUAUUGGUUGUAUAAAGUUUUUUUUCUUGAUAUGUUUCCGUUUGCCUCAGAUUUAAACUAUAGAGAUGACUACUGCAGUAAGCAACAAAUAUUAUUUAGGACUGUCGUAAAUAAACAAAUAAAUAAAGAAGUCAUAAUUUUAGGCUAAUUUUUAAUCAUUACUGAGAGGACCAGGUUAGCCGCAGGUUACUUACAGGCUCACAGUAAGAUCAGGUGUAUAUUUCACUUAGGCUUUUCUGGUUUAGUUAAAUUUUUCCACAAUCACUUGAUGUCACUGUCAAACACCACACCAGAUUUAUCACUAGUUAAAAAAAAAAACAAAAAAAAAAAACAACAAAAAACACUGGUUCAUCACUCACACAUCAUUCGUCACUCGGUUGACACUUUUAGAAUCUCAUUUAAAUAUUUUGGAUUUUUAUUUAUUUAUUUGCUUUCAUUACCAUCCUGUCGAGAUACUCCAAGUCUAACGUAGUGAUAUUUAUUAAAAAUCUACCGCUGGUAUUUAGCAAUAAUUUGGUUUAAGUUGUUUACUGUGACUGUUAAUUCUUUUCCCCAUGAGCACUGAGCAAGAAUAUUGCCAUAUUGACACAAAUAAAUAAAGACUAAAUGAUUAAAAAACAGUUAUUAUCAGUGUAAAUGUACCAAAUUGGCUAAAAAUAUGAAUGAAGUAUGUUUAUAAGUUCCAUGUUUUUUCAUUUGUACAUGUUGUUUCUUGUUUCACUGGGGACUGUUAUCAUUCGUUCAUCUGGUUUGCACUUUUUUAUUUUUAUUGUUAUUUUUUAUUUGUUAAGAUGUAUAUUUUAGGAUGUGUCAUUGUGUUGCCAUAGAUUUGCUCUGUCUUAAUUUUAAAUUAAAUGUACUGUACUUUGUUUUUAUAAAACUGCCUAGUUGUAACUGCUCAAGGAAACUGAUGUAUCAGAGGCAAUAAAUAAAUGUUCAGUUCAAACA